CGCAGGCUGGAUUGCAACUCUGGAGGGAUGCAGCCGGUGUGUAGCUGCGGUGGUGGACGGCGACAGUUAAUAGCAGUGAGGGCAUUGGGUGCAGCAGGAGAGAGGUAACAACAGCAGGACUGCAGAGAAGGGAAAGAGCGAUCAGUACGGUAAAGAAAAUCUACAAGGAACAAUGGAUGAGACGUUGAUCACAACUAUCAACAAGCUUCAAGAUGCGUUGGCACCUUUAGGGGGCGGCUCAACAUCUCCAAUCGACUUGCCGCAGAUCACUGUGGUUGGUUCGCAGUCCUCCGGUAAGUCUUCUGUGUUGGAAAACAUUGUCGGGAGAGAGUUCUUGCCACGGGGAACGGGUAUUGUCACAAGAAGACCUUUGGUUUUACAGCUCAUCAACAGAAGACCUGCCAAGCAGUCCGCGGCCAGCAACACGGACUUGUUGGACUUGCAGACGCACGACAGCAAGGGGAACAAGACGGAGAACAACGCCGACGAGUGGGGAGAGUUCUUGCACUUGCCGGGGAAGAAGUUCUACAACUUCGACGACAUCCGGAGCGAGAUCGUCAAGGCGACCGACUCGACAGCAGGCAAGAAUGCGGGCAUCUCCCCGGUGCCAAUCAACCUCAGAAUCUACUCGCCACACGUGUUGACGUUGACGUUGGUUGACUUGCCCGGCUUGACCAAGGUGCCCGUGGGCGACCAGCCCGUGGACAUCGAGAAGCAGAUCAGAGAAAUGAUCUUGAAGUUCAUCUCCAAGCCCAACGCCAUCAUCUUGGCCGUCAAUGCUGCCAACCAGGAUUUGGCGAACUCGGAUGGGUUGAAGUUGGCGAGAGAAGUCGAUCCGGAAGGAAUGAGAACCAUCGGUGUCUUGACCAAGGUCGACUUGAUGGACCAGGGCACCGACGUCAUUGACAUCUUGGCCGGCAGAGUCAUUCCUUUGAGAUCAGGGUACGUUCCAGUCAUCAACAGGGGCCAGAAGGACAUAGAAAACCACAAGACAAUCAGAGCAGCUUUAGAGGACGAACGUAGAUUCUUUGAAGACCACCCUUCCUACAGUUCCAAGGCCCAAUACUGUGGUACUCCGUUUUUGGCCAAGAAGUUAAAUAACAUUCUUUUGAGUCACAUCAGGGCAACUUUGCCCGAAAUCAAGGCUAAGAUUGAAACUGCGUUGAAGAAGUAUCAGAACGAGCUCUCGGCCUUGGGUCCCGAGACUGUCGAAUCUCCUUCUUCUACCGUUUUGAGUGUCAUUACAGACUUCUGUAACGACUACAACGGUGUGCUAGACGGUCAAACAAAAGAUAUCUCAUCGAACGAACUUAGCGGUGGUGCCCGUAUCAGUUUUGUGUUCCACGAGGUGUUUAAAAAUGGUGUCUACGCGCUUGAUCCUUUCGACCGUAUCAAGGAUGCAGACAUUAGAACAAUAAUGUACAACUCGUCUGGUUCGUCUCCUUCGCUUUUUGUUGGCACUGCUGCCUUCGAGGUUUUAGUCAAGCAGCAAAUCAAGAGAUUCGAAGAACCAUCUCUGCGUUGUAUUUCCUUGGUUUUCGACGAAUUGGUAAGAAUUCUUUCCCAAGUUCUAGCCCAACCUGAAUAUUCCAGAUUCCCUGCCUUGAAAGAACGCAUAUCGCAAGUUUUCACCAUAUUUUUGCGUGAAAUUAUGAGUCCUACAAACACCUUUGUCACUGACAUAAUCCACGCUGAAGAGUGUUACAUCAAUACUGCUCACCCAGAUCUCUUGAAGGGUUCCGAAGCAGUGGCAAUGGUCAAUGAGAAAGUUCAUCCACGCGCUCCAGCUGUCCAGGUCGACCCAAAGACUGGUAAGCCUCUCAAAAACAGCGCCUCAUCAAGCAGUGCCAAUGCAAGUGGCAACAGUGCAAAUGCAGUGGUGGCAGAAGAAGACAAGUCCGGCUUUUUCUCAGGUUUCUUCAGUACUCGUAACAAGAAGAAACUUGCUGCCAUGGAGGCUCCACCAGCGGUUUUGAAGGCUACAGGUGGAAUGAGUGACAAGGAAGUCAUUGAGACAGAAGUUAUCAAAUUGCUCAUUUCCAGUUACUUUGGAAUUGUCAAGCGUACAGUUGCAGACUUGGUGCCGAAGGCCGUCAUGUUGAAGUUGAUCCAGCAGAGUCGUUCUGAUAUUCAGAAGGUUUUGCUAGAAAAGCUGUAUGCAGACAAGAACAUCGAAAGUUUGGUGAAGGAAAACGAUUUUACAGUUGCACGUAGAAAGGAAUGCAAGAAAAUGGUGGAGGUUUUGCGUAAUGCUGCCGAGAUUGUCACCAGCGUCUGAUGAAUCUGGACAGAUCACAGUACUUUAUUAGUUGAUACGAUAUACGUCUCUGUAGAUGUGUAUGUGUUUAUGUAUAUGUUAACGUAACGGCCAUACUGAGAGGUGCAACCAAACCGAGGGAACUCAUUAUGCGGAAGGCCGGACCUGUGCACUGAAAUCCGAG